AUGAUGAAUGAUAAACAAAAUGAUCGCAUAGUCGAUCUGUAUAAAACUGAUUCAAAAUUUUCAACGGAUAAUGAAGAAUACCAAGAAACUGGAUCGAUCGGCACAUUCGAUUUUUAUAUUUGGACGUUUAUACCGACCGUUGGGAUUUUGUUCUGCUUACUUCAUGCACACCAAGAUCAUUUUUGGCAAUGGACAGGAGAUACGGUAGCAGAUGCUCAAUCUCUAAAAGCAAAAACUGUUGUAUCCGUUAUUUCAACUGUUAUUGGUGGAAGUAUCGCUGCAACAUUUAUGAAAACUGUUUCCGGUGUUUCGUAUACAUUUGUUCGACAUCGAAAGGCUGGUUUUUCUCAAUUAGUUACUAUGAUUGGCGGAUUUUCACCAUCGCAUAUUCCAAUGCUAACAGCGGGAAAAGCAUGGUUUAGCAUUAUAGUAAUUAUUUUGGCGGUCAUUAUUAGUUCAAUCACUAAGCAACUAGCUGUGGUAUCCAUGAGUGUAAGCUUGGUCUCUCAGAAAGAUAGUAUGCUGUUUCAUACACGCGAUUAUUCAACAUGUAGUCCAGUGUACAAUGCUUCAUCGCUUUCUCGCAUGUUUCCAGUAAUAAAUUUGAACACUCUUGACAGCUUACGACAUCCGAACCAUACAUUUACAAACGAAUAUUAUGACAGAGGCAUACCAGCCGAUAUUAAAGGUCAAUCUCGAUCCGAACGAGUGUUGCCUUUCGCUAAUGUAUCUUGCGCCAAAGUGCCUUUAAAGGCCGAUUUUACUAGGUUGCGGCCACUCAUGUCAGAGCUUCCUUCUCCAAAUAAAUCAGAUCCUUUUGGGAGCCUUAAGACAAUGAUGACACUGGCGAUGUAUACAGACAAGACAAAUGAAAAAUUGUGGCAGUGGGUGAACUGUACAAUGUCAAUAGGAUACGCUAAUGCGAUUACGACCUGCAACGAGACUCUAUGUCAUACGAUGAGAACCACUAGUAUAACACCUUUCAAUCAGUCUGGUUUAGUCCUUGGAGAAUUUAUCAAUUUGAUUUUUGAAUUGACGACUCCCUAUGGCUCAAAUACUCGAAAUUCGGCUUACAUAUGGCUUUUAGGGGCCGAUUUAUCUGAUUAUUACGAAUUGGAUACAGCUAUUAGUGGCGAAAGUUUAGAAAUGGUGCAAAAUCGAGCAGAAACACUGGCUACUGUAGUUGCCCGUAUAUUAUGUGAUCAGAAUACUGGAAAGGAGUACAACGCUACCACCACUUUUGAAUCGGUGUUUGAUACAGAUAUUCAUUAUUCGUACCAUGUUCUCUGGAAAUGGCCUUUUUGGUUGUUGAGUGUAUUCUUGUUUAUUUUAUGGUUAAUAUGCCUGGCCACUAUGUGGUUUACACCAGAAAGUAGAGUUGUUUCAGUGGAAUGGUUGCUAAGUCAGUAUAUUGCAAAAAAUCGCCUAAGUUAUUUAUCAGGGCUCGGAUUGGUGAAAUCUUACAAAGGGACACUUUUUCAAAUUCUAGAUGAAAAUGCAGAAGAAGAUAUAGGCUGUAUUGUUAUUCUAGAAGCAGGAUAUGAUCAGGGUCUAAAUUGUCAAAAUGUAGUCCAAGGAAAGAAGUAUCAAUGA